UAAAAUUAUACCAUUUUUUUUACGACUGCUGUAUUGGCCGCAAUUUGAUUUAUAUUAUUUUUUGUUCUCAAUAUUUCCAACAAAUAAAUCUGGUAGUUGCGCUUUCAGUUACCCCAAACUAAGGAUGAUUCCUGUCCUUCGAAAAGUAGCUCCAGUUUACAGUUUCUGAGGCUUCAUUUCUUAAAGCAAUGUUUUAUAGUCUUUUUGUAUGUGUUUUGUUGAUCUCAGUUGAAGUCAAAACAUCCGCAAAUGAAACUUCGUUUACUAAUGGAGUGGAUGUCGGAAAUCGCCUCUUGGAGAAACUUGAAAGUGUAUUGCCAAAAAACAUUCCACCUUCAGAUAUGAGGUCAAAUACCGUUUAUAUUUCUGUUGCGCCGAAACAAAUAUCACACGUUAACGAAAAAGAGGGUUUCUUGACAUUACAGCUGCAAAUGUCGUGCUACUAUUGGUCUCAGUCAGCAAGUUGGGAUCCCGCGGAUUUCCACAAUAAUUCAAUGAUUAUAGUACCACCGCAUACAUUUUGGAGCGCAGACAUAGUUAUACUCAAUUCCCUGGAAGUUAGAUACGAAUCAUUUGAGCGCCAGUUGGUAUAUUCUAGUGGAGCAGUUUUGUUUUGGAGCCCCCUUGUGACAGUGCGAUUGGCUUGUUCAUUUGAUGUCUCUCUCUUCCCAUUUGACAAACACUUGUGUCCAAUAGACGUUGGAUCAUGGCUUUCAACCAAUGACACGUACAAGAUAAGCUCAAACCCUCGAAAUAUAAUUGUGCCUUAUACAGAAAAUGACGAAUGGGAACUAUCGCAUUCACAAAACUCGAUUGAAAUUCUUACUCGAACCACAGUUGGAUUUGAAUCCGAUAAUUGGUAUUCGUAUAUCAGAAUGCCGUUGAAUAUCAAACGUCGCCAUCAUUUUUACCUUUUAAUUUUCGUAUUGCCGAAUGCGCUUCUCUGCUUGUUAUCAGGACUGGUUUUCUUUGUCCCUCCAGAGUCGGGCGAGAAAAUUUCCUUCGCAAUUACAAUACUUCUAGCUCAAUUUGUGUCUCUUGCAAUGAUAUCGGAUAUUCUGCCUUCAAGUUCUCGCAGCUUCCCAAAAAUUGGAUACGUAUGCGGCGGAGCGAUUGCGCAAUCAACAGUUAACUUGCUCUUAUCCGUGAUAGUCAUGAAUUGUUAUUUUUCUCGUGGUUUUACACGACCAGGAAGAAAGGUUCGAAUAAUCAUCUCGAGCAGGCUUAUGUCAGUCUUAGGGCUGACUCCCUGUCCCAAGGAGAUCUGCUUUCCCAAAAAAGACAAUUCCAGUUACACAGAGGAUGAUCAGGGAUACCCAAAUGACUUCUUCAACCAUUAUCGAUUGUAAAAUAACAACAGUCACAAGAAACACAACAACGCCUUCUCAGCGACCAGUAUCAAACAAAAGUAGCUCUAGAGCAUUCACUGAAACUGGGCAGCAAAGUAUUAUCGAAGAUGGGGAGAACAUUGGAGAUGCAGAUAAGACAACCUCGCAGAAUGCGCAGCAAACGGUUGUCCCUGAAGAACAAAAAGAUUGUGAAUUUAUGUGGUUGUUCUUUGUAAGAUUUCUGGAUCGACUGUUUUUGUGUGUUUUCAUUCUUCUCGAGGUUUCAGCGCUAGUAGCUCUAUCACUAAAUGUAUUAUUUGGUUAAUAUAAAACCGUAGCGAUAUGAUCACCUGGAUUAAUCAUGAUUUCAAGAUAUCCUUUACAAUUUUAUUUAAUAGUUUGAUUGUUUUUGUAAAAUUAUUUUACUGAAAUACGCAUGAAAAUUUUUUUUACAGAUUUAUAUGGCAUGAACGUGUUUAAUUUAGUGAGAUAAAUUCGUAUAAAGUUACAAUUUUUAUUUGAUUUCUAUCCUUCCUC